AUGAGCACAAACUAUCAUCAUAAUGACAGUUCUACAACUAACCAUCUUCAAUCAGCAAGUCUAGACCCUUCUACAAACAUUCACCAGCUGGAUCGACACGACCUCGGAAACCACUUUCCUACCCCACUGCAUUCUGCAAGGUCCCAAGUGUCCAAUUUAACCAAAACUUUGCAGUCAUCCAGUAACAAUUCACAGCAACAAAAUAUAGAUCAUACGCAGGGGCGACCAGUACAACAACAACAACAACAACAACAACAACAAGAAUAUGGACACGAGAAGAUUACUGGCUCUGGAGAAUUAAUCACUGGACUACCAUACGAGAGCAAUAACAAUUUUCAGUCUAGUAGUUACCAACUGCAUCAAGGAGCGUUUUCUCAACAGAUUCCCAUUGCGCAAAAUUCUUACAAGCACAUACCCAUGUCACACAAUACCCCAACAGUAGUGGGGACAUCGUAUACAUCAGCACAUUCCUAUAACCCAUCGUUACCCUCCACAAAUAAUUUCAUAACACAGCCCGAACGGUUUGGAUCAUUUCAUGACCAUCCAACUGCACCAUCCAGUUUUCGACCAAGUACAGUGCCGCACGCGUUACCAACCACAACGGUACAAACUGACCCCGUGGUCCCGACAAGAAGCUCGUUUUCGACUGCCCCAAAUGCAGCGCAUCUGCUACAGCUGAGUACCUAUGCCAUUCCCGGUAAUCAACAACAUUCAGCGAUACAUCAUCCAACAAAUGUCCGUAGUAACCAGUUUGUUGAAAGUCUGAGAAUCCCCAACUCGCUUCCUGUAGGUCACACAUAUGCAACUUCGCCCCCUUCAACAAUUCCAGGACAUCAUCAGGAUCAGCAACAACCACAACUGGCUCAUCGACUUCAGUCGUUGUUGAAUGCAAGUAAACAAACUGGACUGGAUAUGUCAAUGCAUACUGGCUCAAUCAGCAUCCCACAGUACAACAGAAUUGAAAAGGUACAGCAGCAAGCCACUCGAGGCCACUCGUUCCACUCCACGCCUCCAUAUUAUGAGCAUGUACAACAAAGCGCACAGAAUCUGCAGCAUUUAGAGUACGUACGCCCUGAGCCGGACCAUUAUCUUACAUAUAAUGAAUUUCUUCAAGAGUUGAGACGAAACGAUGAACAAGAACGACCUGAUUCUGAGGAGGAGCAUUUGAAUAUUGUUGAGUUCCCGGUAAACGAUUUGAUCGUAAUGUUAUCUUGCCUAUUGACCAAGAUAAUUGAAGCUAAUGACAAGUUGCACCCGAACCAUUUUGAAAAUACAAUUGCAGUACGACAAAAGAUUAAAGAGGAAAGGAAACGGAAACGGUUACAGCGCAGAAAUAGAGAGCAAGAGCAGUACCAUCAAAGCACAACUGUGGGUGAAGUUGAGGAUUCAGAAAACAAGGAAGGAGGUGGGAAGUAUAGUGAUAAUUUCAAUGUGCGAGUUCACAGUGAGGACCGGAUGGACGAAGAUGAUGAUGGAAAUCCGCAUGAUGGAGAUAAUACUGGAUAUGACGAUGACUUUGAAAACGACGAAGAUGACGAGGAGGACAACGAGAUGAAAAACAAAUAUUUGGCCAAUGUCUUGGCGUUUCAUGGGACAAAUGUACCAGGUAUAUCUCUUCACGCAUACUUGGCAAGAGUUUUGAAAUAUUGUCCAGUUACCAAUGAGGUGUUUCUAUCACUAUUGGUUUACUUUGACCGAAUCGCGAAAAAGGCCAACAAUUUGAACCAAAAACGAAGACUGAGUACUAAUGACGAUGUUGCAAAUGAGAGUGGUGGAGAUGUUUCUGAAGCCGAACAGUUAUUUGUUAUGGACUCGUACAAUAUCCAUAGAUUGAUAAUCAGCGGGAUCACAGUUUCCUCCAAGUUUUUUCUGGAUAUUUUUUAUAAGAACUUGCGGUAUGCAAAAGUUGGUGGAUUGCCAUUGGAAGAGUUGAAUUAUUUGGAAUUGCAAUUUCUUUUACUUUUGGAUUUCAAGUUGAUGAUUAGUGUGGAGGACUUGCAAAACUAUGGUGAUUUGUUAGCACGGUUUUGGAAACGAGAACAACAACAGCUGAAAGAUGAUGCUGCAAAGUGA